GUAACGAGUGAAAACCCUAAUCAGUAAAGCGGCAGAGUUUCGAAACCCUAAUCUGUUAAAGCGGCAGAGUUUCGAAACCCUAGUAUCAUAUAACUUAUUUCACUAUCGCGAGUCCCAAUUAUAGAGGCAAAGGAGUCGAGCAGAGGAGGGAGAACAGGGUUUCUGAAGCGAUGACGUUCAAAAGGAGGAACGGAGGGCGUAACAAGCACGGCCGUGGCCAUGUUAACUUCAUUCGCUGCUCCAACUGCGGCAAAUGUUGCCCUAAGGAUAAGGCCGUGAAGAGGUUUCUGGUUCGUAACAUAGUGGAACAAGCUGCAGUGCGUGAUGUGCAGGAAGCAUGCGUUUAUGACGGCUACAUGCUUCCCAAGCUGUAUGCGAAGAUGCAGUACUGCAUAUCCUGUGCGAUUCACUCGCAUGUCGUUCGAGUCAGAUCUCGCACUGACCGCCGCAAGCGUGAGCCGCCUCAGCGUUUCAGGCGUCGUGAGGAUACUCCCAGGCCUGGCCAGGCACCUCGUCCAGGUGCUGCAAACCCUGCGGCUCCUGCUCGUUAAGCAGUGAAGGAGCGAGUUUAUGGUUUUUUUUCCUGCUCUUUGCUUUAGAUUGAAAAUUCCAAGUUAAAGACAAUUUGAUGUUGCAAAAUUUUUCAGAGUGAUUCCAUGUAAAUUUUGAUGCGAGAUGCAUCAAUUUUUAAAAACUUUAUUUACGUAAUAUUUUUCUU